AUGAUUAAUGAGGUGGGCGAAAAGGCUGGGUCGCUGUACAACUACGCACACCAUAUGGAUAGCCUGGUGCUGGAUGAGAAUGGGAAAGGGGAGGCCGAGAACGAGACUUUGUGUUCUCUACCCCAGCAGAGACCUUUCCACGAUGUCUCGUAUUUUGCCAGCAACAAGAAUCGGCAAAAGUGCUCCAGCAUCUUUGUACAACACCGGAUUCCGAUCUUCGCGAGCUCCAUGCCGUGCUCCCGAUGGGAUUGCCGGACAGGUCUGCAACCGGAUAGAAUCAGUCCAGCUCUCGGACAUGCCAUCGAACGUCCAGACCAAGGUCAAGUAUCUGGUUCUCGAUGCCAUCGCCUGUGCUAUCGUAGGAGCAAAGCUGCCAUGGUCAAAAGUAGCUACGCAGCCUGUAUGGACGUUGAGGGGACUGGCAAGUGCGCCGUCUUUGGCUGGAACAAGCGCACAAGUCCGCUCAAUGCAGCCCUCUUGGAUGGGUCUUUUAUUCAAGGAUUCGAGCUCGAUGAUGUCCACGUUGAUGCACCGUGGCGUGCCAACUCAAUCAUACUGCCAGCUCUGUUCGCUGCAGCGGAGUACGCUCAGGGUUUGGAUGCGGGAUUGAUGGUGCAACGUUCUUCAUCUCCACCGUCGUAG